AUGAAAGAAUUUUUAGAAUUUGUUAAAUCAAAUAAUUUAUCAUUAGAAGAUGAAAAACUUUCAGAAAAAUUAGACUCAUUACUUCCAUCAAUGAAGGAUGAGUUUAAUUUCCCAAUCACAAAAGAUAUUGUUGAUGAUAUUAAUAAAGCAGAUUCAAGCAUUUUAGAUAAACCAGUUAUUUAUUUCACAGGUAACUCAUUAGGUUUACAACCAAAAGAAGUCGAAAAACAAUUAGUAAACAGUUAUUUAGCUGAUUGGAGAAAAUAUGCUGUUGAAGGUCAUGUUCAAGGUUCACAUCCAUUCCUUCAUAUUGAUGAAGAAAUUCAAGAAUCACUCGCUAAAAUUGUUGGUGCUAAAAAAAAUGAAGUUUGCCCAAUGAACAGUCUUUCAACCAACAUUCAUGUUUUAAUGGCAAAUUUCUAUAAACCAACCUCAGAUAGACAUAAAAUCAUUAUAGAAUAUGGCGCUUUUCCAUCUGAUUUAUAUGUUACAGAAUCACAAAUUAAAAAUCAUGGAUUUGAACCAGAAACCAGUUUAAUUAAAAUCAAACCAAGAGAUGGAGAAUAUACAUUAAAUACUCAAGAUAUUGUCGAUACUAUUAAGCAACAUGGUAAUAGCGUUGCUGUAGUUUUAUUAAGUGGUAUUCAAUAUUUUACAGGUCAAUUCUUUGAUAUGAAGACCAUCACUCAAGCUGGUCAUGAGGUUGGUGCAGUUGUAGGUUGGGAUUUAGCACAUGCUGCUGGUAAUGUAGUUAUGCAACUUCACGAUUGGCAAGUUGAUUUUGCCAGUUGGUGUUCAUAUAAAUAUUUAAAUAGUGGUCCAGGUGCUAUCGCUGGUGUCUUUGUUCAUUCAAAACACACAGAAUCUUAUGAUUCAAAGACUGAUAAAAGAUUAAGAGGUUGGUUUGGUAAUUGUUUAGCUAAUCGUUUCCAAAAAGAAAAAGAAUUUUAUGCUGAAGAAGGUGCACUUGGUUUUAGAAUGUCAAAUCCAUCAGUUGCCGAUUGCACUGCACUUCGUGCAUCACUCUCAGUAUUUGAAAAAGCAGGUGGUGUUUCUAAAUUAUCUGCAAAAUCUAAAGUAUUAACUGGUUAUUUAGAAUACCUUUUAACCCACAAAUUAAAAACCACCGACAUUGAUAUCAUCACACCUAAAGAUACCAAUCAAAGAGGUACCCAACUUUCACUUUACAUUAAAGGUAUUAAAGCUGCCGAAUUAAAAAAGAAUCUCUUAAAUAAUGGCGUUAUUUGUGACGUUAGAGAUCCAGAUGUUAUCCGUGUCGCACCUGUUCCACUCUACAAUACCUUUACUGAUUGCUUUAUGUUUAUUAAUAUUUUAAAUAAAGAAAUGUAA